UGGACUCUUCCCAUUUCUGUAUCUAUAAGGCAAACGACAUGCUCCUAUCUACAAGACAUUGGCUGUCUCAUCUCUCUCAUAUUAGAAACAAAUAUACCUUAAAAAAAGCUAAAACUAUUACGGAUGAUGCUGCAAGUUAAGCUAGUCUUCACAACGUUGGUGUGUUGGAACAUAAUAACUAGUUAUAACUGUGUAGUUGGAGAUUCACAAACAAGUAUAGUACUAAACAGUGGUUGCAGCACAUAUAACGCAUCAAAUUUACAUAGCUUCUACGCGAACAUUAAUGGAACAUUUUCAGAUUUGAGAAAUGAAAUUAGCAAUGGCAGCAAACACUUUGCAACAGCACAAGAAGCAAGAGGAGAUGUGAUGACAUAUUCUCUCUUUCAAUGCAGAAAUUACCUCUCCAAAAAGGAUUGUGUUGCUUGCUUCAAUACUUCUUCUACUAAAAUUCGUGACUGCUCAGCUUCCAAUGGUGCAAAACUCAUCUAUGAUGGGUGUUUCCUAAGGUACGACAGUGAAAGGUUCUACGAUCAAACAAAUCAACCUGGAGGUGGUAUAUUAUGUGGGAACAAGACUGCAAAGGAAGGUGCUUCUUUUGGAACAAUUGGACUAAAAGUGCUAAUGGAUCUCCAAUUAGCAACACCAAAAAUUAAAGGCUUUUUUGCAGCUACUAAGACAGUAGUGAAUCCUGGCAGUGGUAGCAAUAGUUCAAUUUAUGCCAUUGCACAGUGUGUUGAAACUGCCACAGAAAGUUCGUGUCUUGAUUGCAUGACCGUUGGAUACAACAGCUUGCAAACUUGUCUUCCUAAUACAGAUGGUAGAGCAUAUGAUGCAGGGUGUUUUAUGAGAUACUCAGAUACACCCUUUUUUGCUGAUAAUCAAGCUAUUGAUAUCACAACCUAUUUAAAUCAAGGUGGUUCAAGCAACAAAUGGGCCAUUAUAGGUGGCGUUGUUGGCGGUGUAGGUCUUGUUGCGAUCAUUCUUGCAAUUUUAGCUUGGCAACGAUACAGAAAACCUAAGAGAGCUCCUAGAGGCAACAUAUUGGGAACAACCAAGUUGAAAGGUCCAAUUAAAUACAAGUAUAAUGAUUUGAAAGCUGCAACAAAAAACUUCAGCGAAGAAAAUAAACUGGGAGAAGGAGGGUUUAGUAAAGUAUACAAGGGUACUCUAAAAAAUGGAAAUGUUGUGGCAGUCAAGAAACUGGUUUUGGGAAAAUCCAGCAAGAUAGACAAUGAUUUUGGAAGUGAAGUAAGGCUUAUAAUAAGCAAUGUUGAUCAUAGGAAUCUUGUUGGACUUCUUGGUUGUUGCAGUAAAAAACAAGAGAAAAUCCUUGUUUAUGAAUACAUGGCAAACAGUAGCCUGGACAAAUUCUUAUUUGGUGAAAAACAAGGCUCCCUCAAUUGGAAACAAAGGUGUGAUAUAAUUUUAGGCACAGCAAGAGGACUGGCCUACCUACAUGAGGAAUUCCACAUUCCCAUUAUACAUAGAGAUAUAAAGAGUAGCAACAUCCUCCUUGAUGAUAAUCUUCACCCCAAAAUUGCUGAUUUUGGAUUGGCGCGGCUUCUGUCGGGGAAUCGAUCUCUAAGAACAGGAGUUGCAGGAACAUUGGGAUACACAGCACCUGAGUAUGCAAUUCAUGGUCAAUUAUCAGAAAAGGCUGAUACCUACAGCUAUGGUAUUGUAGUCCUAGAAAUCAUAAGCGGUCAAAAGAGUACAAAAGUAAAGGAAGAUGAUGAUGGUGAUUACCUUCUUCAAAAGUCAUGGAAACUGUAUGAGAGAGGCAGGCAAUUGGAGCUCGUGGACAAGACCUUAGACCCUAGUGACUAUGAUGGAGAAGAAGUGAAGAAAACGAUAGAGAUUGCUUUACUAUGCACUCAAACAUCAGCAGGAAUGAGACCAACAAUGUCUGAAGUAGUAGUCCUCCUCCAAACCAAGAGUUUAGUGGAGCACCUACAACCAACUAUGCCUAUGUUUAUAGAUACGAAUCUUAAGUAUAGUGAAGGAUACUCAACCUCAACUGGUUCUUCUACAUCUAAUGCUACCGCUUCCUUUUCAAUUUUAUCAGCUCGAUGAUUAUAUGCUGCAGUAAAGGGAAUUGAACCAAAAAGGUAACAAAAUAAACCAGAUGGGGAUUACUCUUCAUUGAUUGUUCACCAAUCAUACAGGUAGAAAAUAUAAUGGGAAAUAGUGACUAAUGAGGUGUUCGAUUUCAACAAUAGAAUUAAGAAAUAGUAUUAUACAUUAGACAGAUAAAAAGGUGCAGCUGUGUUUGUUAUGAACUUAUUGUGAGCUAGUUAGUUUGUUACAAAGGAGUUUUCCUUAUUUAUUUUUCUUGUAAUAUAAAUACAAAAUGUAUCUCUUCACUAGGAGAGAGAAUAUCUCAUAACCAAAAGCAACACUUUCAUCAAAGUGCUUGCAUGCCCAGCAUAGUGCUUGCAUGCUCAGCAUAUUACAAGUCCUUCAAAUUCAACA